GCGAGCGAGCGCGGCCGAGAACGAGCUUUGGGGAUCCCAGAACCGCCCUGGUCUCCUCCCGAGGGGCUCCUAUCUUGGGGUCGGGUCAAGCCGAGCUAGAUAUCACUUAACUAGGCCAAGUUGAACCUGGGGUCCAGAGUCAGUCUGACCAGAGUCGGGCCGAGUGCAGUAGGCUGAGUCGUGCCGAGUCUGACAGGUGCAGACCACGUGGGUUCGGCUGAGCCCUCGAAGGAGGUCGCGCCAUGUCGCGACCCGGAGGACCGCGCAGCUGACGGGUCGAGCGUCGAGAAGACCUCGUUGGCCCUUAAAUCACUAGGACCACCAAGACCUCCAUCAAGGUCCCACCUCGACGUCGAACUCGCCUCGACUCCGACCUCAAGAUGACGUGCCGGGCGACCUGCGUGGACGAUUUUCUUAACCAGGCCUUCCACCGGAUCGGCCUGGUGGUGGGUCGUCACCCUGGGUACUUCGUGGUGAUCCCGGUCCUCCUAGCAUGCAUCUGCAUCACCGGGUACCAGAGGAUCCACUACGAGAUCGACCCGGAGUACCUCUUCUCCCCGGUGAACGGACCCGGGAAGGCGGAGCGCGCCAUCACCGAGGAGUUCUUCAGGGUCAACUACAGCCACUACUUCAACGUCGGUCGGAUAACUCGACCAGGUCGCUUCGGCCAUGUGAUAGUGGUCCCCAAAGAUGGCGAUCCGAACAUGCUGAGGACCGUCAUCUGGGAGGAGCUGCGCCUCCUGGACGGCAUGAUAAGGAACGCCACGGCGAAGUUCGAGGGCCAAGAGUUCACCUACGAGAAGAUCUGCGCCAGGUGGCUGGACGAGUGCUUCGCCAAUGAUAUCCUUAGUCUGCACCACGUGAUAGGGGAGGUGGAGAACCGGGAACUGAAUCUCACCUUCCCCGUCAUGUUCAACCCCGUGACCUGGGAUGCUCACCUCUUCCCGGUGUUCUUUGGGGGUAGCGUGGUCACCGACGACCUGACCAUCGAAUCCGUGCCCUCGGUCCAGCUGGCCUACUUCGUGGCCGUGGAUAACCAGCGCCAGGAUGCCCUUGGAGCUGCCUGGGAGGAGGCGUUUCUGGAUAUCGUCGGCAAGGCCGAGGACGAGGGGGUCUUUCGACACAUCAGCACCGCCAGGUUCGCCUCCAGGACCCUCGAGCUCGAGCUGGAGGCCAAUACCAAGACCGUCGUCCCGUACUUCUCCAGUACCUUCGCAUUGAUGGGUCUUUUCUCCGUGGUGACGUGCAUGAUGACCGACUGGGUGCGCAGCAAGCCCUGGUUGGGCCUCCUGGGGAACGUCUCGGCUGCUAUGGCCACUGUCUCCGCUUUCGGGCUCUGCAUGUACCUUGGAGUGGACUUUAUCGGUCUCAACCUGGCGGCGCCCUUCCUCAUGAUUGGGAUCGGCAUCGACGACACCUUCGUCAUGCUGGCCGCCUGGAGGAGGACCAAGAUCUCGAGCCCGGUCCCCGAGAGGAUGGCGACGACCCUCAGCGAGGCUGCCGUCUCCAUCACGAUCACUUCCUUGACCGACAUGAUCUCCUUCUUCAUCGGCGUCCUGUCGCCGUUCCCUUCGGUGCAGAUCUUCUGCAUAUAUUCCGGUUUCGCGGUGGUCUUCACCUUCCUCUUCCAUCUGACCUUCUUCAGCGGAUGCGUCGCCAUCAGCGGGUACUGCGAACAGAGGAACCUCCACAGCGUGUCUUGCCACAAGGUGCUGCCGCUCUCCAAGUCCGGAGACAGGUCCUGGCUGUACAGACUCCUCUGCACGGGAGGAGUGGACCCGGACGACCCGGACAACCCUCUGGACAACCCAGAACACGGAUGCAUGAUCUGGUUCCGAGACUACCUCGCAAAAGCCCUAAACUACUGGCCCGUCAAGAUCCUGGUGCUCCUAAUUUUCGGCCUCUACCUGGGGGGCGCCCUCUACGGACUGACCACCCUCCAGGAAGGCCUGGACAGGCGCAAACUCUCCAAGGAGGAUUCCUAUUCCAUCACCUUCUACGACCGCGAGGACUUCUACUUCCGCGAGUUCCCAUACAGGAUCCAGGUGGUGGUGAGCGGCGAGUAUGACUACAGUGACCCCGUGGUCCAGCAGCGAAUGGAGAACCUGACGAGGACCCUGGAGGCCUCUACUUAUAUCAGUGCACCGAUUUACACGGAGAGCUGGCUUCGGAGUUUCUUGAGCUACGUGGGCAGGAACCAGGACUUCCUCAACGUGACCAUUGAUACCCCGGAGGGCUUCAUCGGCACCCUGAAGUCGCUCUGGCUACUUCCCUCGAGUACCUUCGCCCUGGACGUGAAGUUCGACGAAACCGGUCAACGCAUCCUGGCUAGUCGGUUCCUUAUUCAGGCUGUUAACGUUAGCGGCACCAACCAGGAGAAGGACAUGGUCGGGGAGCUCCGCAGGAUAUGCCAGGAGUCACCUCUUAACGCCAGCGUGUUCCAUCCCUACUUCGUCUUCUUCGACCAGUUCGAGCUGGUGCGGCCUACGAGCAUCCAGUGUAUGAUCUUCGGGGCCCUCGUCAUGAUGCUGAUCUCCUUCGUCUUCAUCCCGAAUAUCCUGUGCUGCCUCUGGGUCGCCUUUUGCAUAGUCUCGAUCGAGCUCGGGGUCGCCGGCUACAUGUCCCUCUGGGAUGUAAACCUGGACAGCAUCUCCAUGAUCAACCUGAUUAUGUGCAUCGGCUUCAGUGUCGACUUCACCGCCCACAUUUGCUAUGCUUACAUGAGCUCCAAGAAGAAGAGAUCCGAAGAGAGGGUCCAGGAGUGCCUGUACAGUCUGGGGCUGCCCAUCGUCCAGGGUGCCACCUCGACCAUCCUCGGCCUCGUCGCUCUGCUGCUCGCGGGGACCUACAUCUUCCUCGUCUUCUUCAAGAUGGUCUUCCUGGUCAUCUUCAUCGGCGCCAUGCAUGGCCUCUUCUUGCUGCCGGUUUUGCUCUCGAUAUUCGGACCUGGUUCAUGCUCCAGCUGUGGAUCCGACGACGAAGAGGUGGAGUUCGAUGCCACCGAGACGACCAAGCUGCCUAGGCCGUAUGUCAUCCCGCACCCCACGUUGCUUUACGUGCAACCGACGGCCACCCUGGAGCCUAGCCCGGUUCCCUUCGAGGAAAGGGACCCUGGUCUGGGGACCAGCGAGGACAGCAAUUCUACGGAGAGUGGCGGCUCCUCCAGGACGGGUCGCACCUCUGGGAGGGAUCGACCCGAGGAAGAUCGGACUAGAGAGGAGUGGCGGAGGGAUCGACCCGAGGAGGACAGGACUCGCGAGGACUGGAGGAGGUCCCUUGGGGCGGUCGUCCUUCCACGGGUUCCUCCACCUCCUCCGCCGGAUUAUCCUGGUGCGCCUCGGGAUCAGGUGCCGGAUCGCACUCGUUAUUCCGCGGAUUUGUCAAGGUACCUGUAAAGGACUGCGAUUAUGGAGAACCUAAAGUACCUCGUCCUUGAGACUAAGUGCGCUUGAGUCGAGUUUGUAUUUUUCUGGGUGGAAUUUCAUUCGUUUUAAGGAGACCUGAAGGAGGUCCUUCCAGAAGUCGUCCUCCCACGGGGUCCUCUACCUCCUCCGCCGGAUUAUCCUGGUGCGCCUCGGAAUCAGGUACCGGAUCGCACUCGUUAUUCCGUGGAUUUGUCGAGGUACCUGUAAAAAAUUGCAAUUUCAAAGGAUGAAAAAAAAAAUUCCACGGCGGAUUAUCUCGAGGUACCUGGGAAAAAUUGCGAUUUCAGAGGACGAAAAAGGAAAAAAAUAACUCCUCUUGAAACUCGGCGCGCUCGGGACUCUAGGUCGCCUUGUCCUAAGUGUUUUUACUUCACUGUACGAUCGUAAAUGAUCGCAUCGUGUAUUUAUGAACGAGACUGUGCGAGAGCGUCCCGGCGGGGACGGAUUCCGCGUUGCGAUCCGCCUGGUACGGGCCGCGUCUUCCGACAACGAGCCGAUUACUCCGAGCCUCCUUUUACGACUCUUAAAAGAGACGCGGAUGACACUUAUCGCCGCGUGAUUAUUUCCGCGCCCGUAUUUCGUAAGAAAGGGAGAAAAAAUGUAUAACGAUACGCGGCUAUUCUUGUUAAGUUACACGUUUCUCUCGGCCCUGGGAGAUCGGAGAUUGUUAUUUGAUCUGGUUAGUCGACCGCCACGUAUGAGUAAGUUUAUUUAAUUGGAACGGAAAGUAAUUAGAAUAGCGAAAUAAAUGAUAAACGUUCCCAUUACGGAUGUCGAA